AUGAUCGCAUCAUGCUCUCGGGCUGAGCCUAACAACAGCUGCGGCACGACCUACAUGCGGCUGAAGGACUGCGCAAUACAGAUCAUGCAGAUGACGUCACCGGGCGUUCAUGAUGUCAUUUCAAGUACGCCGUUGCGCAAGCUGCACGCUGCGUCUGGCCAUUUGAACGUGCCCAACUUGCCCUCCAACUGA